UGUCUCUCCUCUCUCUCUCCCUCUCUCUCCCUCCACCCCCCUCCUGCUGGACUCUGAGUACAAAGCUGCCCUUUGAAUGGGUUGCCUCAGGGCUGUUGGAGGUGCAGGCGUGGAAAAAAAAAUCCAACUGAGGCUACAGGAAGAGGGGCGGCAGUUUAAGAUGGCUGUCAGCAUCGAGGUGUGUUAAAAGAGUGGAGAAGGCUUGGCUUUUUUUUGGAGUGUGUGUGUGGGGGAGACUUUAGGGGGAAACUUUUCUCCUCCUCCCUUCCCUCCCCACCCAGAGGCAAUUGCUUUCUUCAGCUCCAUGGACUGAGGGGGUGCCCCCCUCCCCAUUCAGCUCUACGCGGAGAGCCUGGAGGAAACCCCCUUUAGCCAGUAUGCGAGCGGGAAGGUCAAAGGCAAAGAGAAAGUUAAUAAUGCCUGCUAAUGGUGCUAACAAUUCAGGAUGAAUCUUGUCAAAAAGUUUUUUUUUUCUGGAAGUGUGGGUCUUUGAUUGUGUUUCCCGAAAGCAAGACCAAUCAUUUCCGUUUAUUCACUGGCUAAACCCCCUACUUGAUUGGGGACAGGGACAGAAACCAUCCAUUACGAUCUGAUAUAUUAUCCAAACAAUUUAGUGUAUUCAUGAGGUAACCGAAACGUGGGGGCCGCGAAAUUACCCGUAAUCAAUUGCAAACAGCGAGUGUGCGUCCCCCGGGUGUCGGACAACCACAACUCAGGCCGUCUCAGUAACAGGCGGAGCCGCCGCGUUUUGGAGUUGCGCUGUUCGCUACCUGAUCGCCAGGCUGGGGACACUGGACGUGCUCAGAGAACGCGAGCGGCUGACGAGGCGGCCUCGCCACUACUCCACCGGGAUCCUGGGACCAGACCUGCAGCCUCUCUCCUAGCGCGCCACUCUCCUGUCGCCGCUGACCCUCCGCGGCCGCCGAAGCCACCCCGCGGGGACAUUCAUUCUCGCGGGCGACGGAGCUUAGGGGCUGCGUUGUAGGGGUUUUGUCCCCCCUCUGCCUCUCUCUCUUUUUUUUUCCUCCCUACCCCCUCCCCCUUCUCUUCUUUUCUGUGUUGUUUUGCCUAUGUUCGGGAAACCAGACAAAAUGGACGUCCGGUGCCACUCGGACACCGAGGCCGCCAGGGUCUCCAAGAACGCGCACAAGGAGAGCCGGGAGAUCAAGGGCGCCGAGGGGAGCCUUCCGGCCGCCUUCCUCAAGGAGCCGCAGGGCGCCUUUUCGGCGUCUGGCGCUUCGGAAGAUUGUAACAAAAGUAAAUCCAAUUCCUCCGCAGACCCGGAUUACUGUCGCCGGAUCCUAGUCCGAGAUGCCAAGGGGUCUAUCCGAGAAAUCAUCCUGCCCAAGGGCCUGGACCUGGAUCGGCCCAAGAGGACACGCACGUCCUUCACGGCGGAGCAGCUCUACCGGCUGGAGAUGGAGUUCCAGCGUUGCCAAUAUGUGGUGGGCCGGGAGAGAACCGAACUGGCUCGGCAGCUCAAUCUUUCUGAGACCCAGGUGAAGGUCUGGUUCCAGAAUCGGCGAACCAAGCAGAAGAAGGACCAGGGCAAGGACUCCGAGCUGCGGUCGGUGGUGUCGGAGACCGCCGCCACGUGCAGCGUGCUGCGGUUGUUGGAGCAGGGCCGCCUGCUGUCGCCGCCCGGCCUGCCUGCCCUGCUGCCUCCCUGUGCUACCGGCGCUCUCGGCUCGGCGUUGCGCGGGCCCAGCCUCCCGGCCCUGAGUGCUGGCGCUGCGGCGGGCUCCGCCGCUGCUGCCGCCGCCGCCGCCGCCACUGCCCCGGGGCCCGCAGGCGCGGCAUCUCAGCACCCGCCUGCCGUGGGCGGCGCUCCCGGCCCAGGGCCUGCAGGGCCCGGGGGACUGCACGCAGGAGCACCCGCUGCCAGCCACGGUCUCUUCAGCCUGCCGGUACCGUCGCUGCUAGGCUCCGUGGCAAGCCGCCUGUCCUCCGCCCCGUUGACGAUGGCUGGUUCGCUAGCCGGGAAUUUGCAAGAACUUUCAGCCCGGUACCUGAGCUCCUCGGCCUUCGAGCCUUACUCCCGGACCAACAAUAAAGAAGGGGCCGAGAAAAAAGCGCUGGACUGAUUUUAAGUGUUACCCUGUAUUUAUAUUUAUAACAUCUAUUGUGGUGGUAUUUAUGGACUCGCGCGGCGCGUUAGGCGCCCAGGGCUCCUGCGCUGGCCUUCCUGGCCCCCACUAGGCCUGUGACUGCUCCCCCAUACGCGCCCCUCCCCGCAGGCUACUGAUUUCAUCUCACUUGAGCUGUUUUUUGUUCUUCUCUCUACUUUUCCUCCCUCCCUCCAAAACCAGCUUCCUUCUGAAUCCAGGAAUGAUCCAAAGAAUUGGGGAGAAAUACCCGAGUUAACCAAUCCCUGGUUCCCCCAUCCCUACCAGUCAGGGAGGGAACACACUCAGCCUAACCCUAACCCCCCCCCUCACACACACACACACACCUGUUCUGGUUAGGGGCACUGACGCACCGCUCUUACGAAUUUUUGAAAGAGGAAAUAUGUUCGCAGGCCGCCAGGGACUAAAAAAGGCUUCUCGGUUUCUUUAGACCCCCCCAAAAGGGCCUAUCUCCUCUUGUCAAAGAAACCAGGGUUUUUGGAGUUCUUGGCCCCGAUUUUUUAGAUCUCUCAGGAUAACUGGUGCAUAGUCAGCUCCUGUCCGAACAGAGCUGAUGAGUUUUACUCCCUUUAGAGAAACUCUAAUCGCAAGCCCCUCGACCCCGAGAAACUAUAAAUCAAACGUCUUGUUAGGUAAAGGUGGUAAUAAAUUUGAUCUAACAGCAAUAAGGCAAGAGUAAUUGUUAUAUAAAACCAGAUAAAAUUGUUACCUAUUUUCAAACACUCAUAAAUAGUUGGGUUUGCAAAAUGUAAGGAAUUCUUGCUAGAGAACGCAUCACGGGGGCCGUGCAAAAUUAAAAUCCUGAGUGCUAUGACGUUAAAUAGGAACUUAAAGAGGAAAAGCCAAUGAUGCCAAGGAGGAACGAUUCAGGGCCAUGGCUGUCCUCCCAAGACAGCGCGGUGGCUGGUGGUCGGCUCCCAGACGCAAAACUAAGGUGGAAUGGCUGGGCUUGGAAGCAAAUCAACACCGGCUGUCUGCUGUCUUCUGAACUUACAUCUGCAAAGGGUUUUCACUCCCCGGGCUUCCGGAGCACUUCCUUUCAGAAGGACUGUUGGGAUGGAUGCCCAGCACUAUGGCCUUCACGGGUCCUAGUUCCUUGGUACCAGUGGUUCUUUGCAUGGCACACAGGGCACACACCUCUUCCUUCUCAACCCCACCACGUGGGUGCAGCAACCCGAGCCCCCAGAGCCACCACCACCUUAUUUUAACCAAAACCACAGGCCCAGAGCGCGAGGUGCCUCAGUGUCUGGAAUGUAUUCACCCAUCUGAAACAAGCGCAAAACAUUAAAAAUAUUAGUAACUUUAUUGUAAAUUAUUUACAUGCGAAGUUUUUUUCCCUUUUCGUUUUUUUCAUUUCUUUUCUUGUUUCACUUUUUCUUUUCUUUUUUUGUUCCUCUCUCUUUCUCUCUCUCUCUCUCUUAGGUAAAUAGUGAAGAAAAUAACGAAUGAUUCAAACGCGGGUAGGUGUCACUGAAUCCUGGCUACUAACUGUGUUCUGGAUGUCUUGGCUCUUUGGAUGUUUUUGUAUUUAUGUGGUGAGAGUGAAAAAAAUAUAUAUCUAUGAUGAUGACAAA